UUUCUCUCGAUGAGACGGCGGACCGUAAAGCUGGUCACGAGAUUUCUCGUGGUCCAGCUGUUGCUAUUAUCGCUACUGAAUCAGGUGAACGCCGUGAAAAAUCGGUUGAGAAAACAACGGUCCAAACUGGAACAGGCAGACCAGCAAGCUCACCAACCUGGCACCGAUUACGAUUAUGAUUAUUAUUACGACUACGAGGAGAAGAACGAGACUACAACGCUACCACCGCCUGUGAUACCAUCAAGCACACGAUUUUCGGGAUGGUCCGAAUCGACAAUAGAAAGUACAGCGUCCUCGCAUAAACCAGAAACACCUACAGAUUUACCAGUUCUCGUGACAACUCGAGUUUCCAGUCAUGGUUUGGAGCAAACUAAUCCUACAUCCGAACAGGAUUUAAUUUUACCUACGGAAAUCUUACCGGGUGAAAGUAAUGUGUACAGUUCAGUGGCUAUACCUGGUCCACGAGGUGAACCUGGUCGACCUGGAGAUGCUGGACGUCAGGGCGAUGUGGGAUUUCCUGGACAACCAGGGAGUCCUGGAAUUCCGGGGCCUCCUGGGCCUCCAGGUCCUAUACCUGACGUAUCUUUAUACUAUCGACAAUUAGCUCUGUCUCAAGCGAACCAAGAUAAAGGUCCCACGGGCGCAGCUGCAUCGUUGUAUGGACCAGACGCAUUUUCUUACAUUCAAGCACAAGUAGGACCAGUAGGUCCACGAGGUUCACCAGGUCCACCCGGAGCUUCUGGUCCUCAAGGUUUUCAAGGUAUACGCGGUGAACCAGGUGAACCGGGGUCUCCAGGUCCCUCUGGUGAGCCAGGUCCUAGAGGUUUAGCAGGACUGCCCGGAAAAGAUGGUAUCAGUGGAGAAGACGGCGAGACAGGAUCGCCGGGACCACCUGGUCCUGUGGGACAACGCGGUCUUCCAGGAUUGCCUGGAUUUCCUGGAAUAAAAGGUCAUCGUGGUUUUCCGGGUCUAGACGGAGCAAAAGGUGAGCAAGGAGCUUCUGGUGAAAAAGGAUCUGUAGGAGCACCUGGACCAAUGGGGCCGAUAGGACCGAUGGGUCCAGCAGGACCACGUGGUGAGAGAGGUAGAGAAGGACCAUCAGGUCCUCCUGGAUUGAGAGGUGUCGAUGGAAUUCCUGGACCGCCUGGGCAAUCGGGUGCCGCGGGUAAGCCGGGUCCACCAGGUUUUCCAGGCAGCCCUGGUUCUAAAGGUGAUCAAGGAGCGCAAGGAUCACCGGGAAGUCAAGGUUUGCAAGGCCCACGAGGCGAAAGUGGUCGUCCAGGACAGCCUGGUGAAACAGGUCCGCAGGGUCCUCAAGGCAAAGACGGAGCUUCCGGCGAGAAAGGAACUACCGGAGCGAUAGGACCAGCCGGUGUACCUGGAUUUCCAGGUGUUCGAGGUCAACCCGGGACACCGGGCAAUUCUGGUCUUCCUGGAGCCAAAGGCGCACCUGGACUUGCCGGUGAAAGAGGUUUUAAAGGCGAUGCCGGGGUGAAGGGCGAUCCAGGAAUGCCUGGUCCUCGUGGAGUUCCGGGACCUCCUGGAAACGAAGGCAAAAGAGGUAAGAGAGGAAUGCGUGGAUCAAUCGGCGCCGCAGGUCCGCCUGGAGAACGCGGUGCACCAGGAGCGCGAGGUCUUCCUGGACCGGAUGGACCCGUUGGGCUUCAGGGACCAUCCGGUGAUCGCGGCGCUCCGGGAGCUGUUGGUCCGAAAGGUGUUACUGGAGAUCCUGGACGACCUGGGCCGCCAGGAUUACAGGGUGCUCGUGGUUUGAUGGGUAGACCCGGAGCACCUGGAAAGUCAGGAAAUCCUGGCGAACGUGGAAUUCCAGGUGCAGAUGGCAAGUCCGGAGAGCAGGGUCUGCCUGGACCGCAAGGUCUACCAGGUCCAUUAGGACUACCAGGAGAGAGAGGAUAUGCCGGAGAACCUGGGAAAGACGGUGAACCAGGCAGUUCGGGUCCGCCCGGUCCAAGGGGGGACAUUGGUAAAGAAGGACCUUCGGGAGCACAAGGUCCACCAGGACCUGCGGGAAGCGAAGGUGCGCGAGGUCCUCCCGGAACUGUCGGGCCCACAGGUUUUCAAGGUCUUCCAGGUGCCGCCGGUAAUCCGGGCAUUCCAGGAAAGGAUGGAGAACCGGGAAUACAAGGACCGCCCGGCCCACCGGGACUAGUCGGCAAUAGAGGUGAGAGAGGAUUUCCGGGAGAAAGAGGACCCACAGGACCAGCGGGAGCUACAGGUCUAAGAGGAGAAACCGGAGCACAAGGCGCUGAUGGUCUCAUUGGCUUACCAGGAUCCAAGGGAGAAAAAGGAAAUUUCGGUACACCGGGAUUAUUAGGUCUUCCUGGCACAAGAGGAUUACCCGGAGAUCCUGGAGAAAAAGGAGAAAGAGGGGCGCUUGGACCGAUUGGCCCUGAAGGCCCACCAGGACACGUCGGAGAACGUGGUGCGCCGGGAGAAAUUGGACCUCCCGGCCCGCCUGGUGAACCGGCAGAACGUGGUGACCCGGGUUCGCCUGGUCCUAUUGGCGAGCCCGGAGCCUCUGGCUCCCCAGGAGAAAGAGGUCCUCCAGGAUUACAGGGCUUACAAGGUUUUCCCGGGCAGCAAGGGUUAAUCGGACUUCCGGGUGUGAAAGGUGAUCGCGGAUACGCAGGUUUAAAAGGAGAACAAGGAAAUCCGGGACUACCUGGCAGUCCUGGCGAAUCUGGACCACCCGGACCUAUUGGACUUAGCGGUGCUAAGGGUAUUAGAGGCGAAACGGGUGUACGAGGUGAACCCGGUUUAAUGGGACCACCUGGUAUCGCAGGACCUGUUGGUCCAGCGGGCUCACCGGGGAAUAUAGGAUUAUCCGGUGCUCCAGGAUUGCCCGGUGACAAAGGCAGCACAGGUGACGCUGGGCGUCCAGGAAAUCCAGGUUCAAUCGGUAAUCCUGGUCCGCCUGGGAUAGACGGAGUUAAAGGCGAAAAUGGCUCUCCAGGUCCUGAAGGACCGGCCGGUUCUCAAGGACCUCAAGGUCAGCCUGGCGAGAGAGGUUUACCAGGCUUACUCGGUUCUCCUGGUCCCAUAGGAAAUAGAGGAUUACGCGGAGCACCUGGUGAAACAGGACAAACCGGGAAACCGGGAGCGGAAGGUCCACCUGGACCUCCUGGAUUAGUAGGCCCACCUGGACAUCCUGGUCCCGUAGGAGAAACUGGACCGGAAGGGCCAACUGGAAAAGCAGGUUUACCGGGAAUAGGAGGCCGACCGGGUGACAAGGGACCACCUGGAGUUCCCGGAGCAACAGGUCCGUCUGGAUCGCCUGGAUUAGCAGGACCACCUGGACCCACGGGAGUUGCCGGACCUGCUGGCGAACGCGGCCCGAAAGGAGAAACAGGACCGCAAGGCGUGGAAGGUCCGCAGGGACCGCGAGGAAAAUCUGGUCCGCCAGGUGUCGAAGGUGCGAAAGGUGAUCGCGGAGAAGAGGGACAGAAGGGAAUCAAGGGACAUCGAGGUUUCAACGGUUUGCAAGGAUUGCCCGGAUCUCCCGGCUUACCCGGCGAAAAGGGUACGCCUGGUCUGCCAGGACCUCCCGGUAAAAACGGAGAGCCUGGUAUUAGAGGUAAUCCUGGACGAGAAGGUAAUCCAGGACCUAUCGGACUUGCGGGAAAUCCUGGACCAAGAGGUCCGUCUGGAGAAGAAGGUCGUCACGGACCACCAGGUCUUCCAGGGCCUCCUGGACCACCCGGUCCUCCAGGAGAUGUGGGUUUUGCUUACGAUGCCGCGUCUUUGGCGGCACUUAUGGGACAAGGCCAAACUAAAGGACCAGACCCACUCGGCGAUGAACCACCGAGAAUAUUUAGUAAAGAGAUUACUGAACAGGAACGAAGAGAAUUGCUAUUGAAAGUGUACGAAAAUCUAAAGUCAUCGUACGAAAAAUUGGUGAAGCCAGACGGUGAAAAGAACUCACCGGCCAAAACUUGUCGAGAUUUAUUCGUUGCCUACCCAAAUAAAUUAUCGGGUGAAUAUUGGAUUGAUCCUAAUGAGGGUGAUGUUCGUGAUGCAAUCUUGGUGCAUUGCGAUGCUGAAAAACGUGCAACUUGCAUUUUACCGAAUCCUUCGCGUUCAUCAGAGAUUACUCACAUCACUGAUCAACAGGAAACUUGGUUGAGCGAGAUGGACAGCGGCAUAAAGAUCACAUAUAAGGCGGACAGCAAUCAAAUCAGUUUCUUGCAACUGCUCUCAAAACACGCGCAACAGAACAUCACGUAUCAUUGCAAAAACAGUGUGGCUUAUUUCGAUCACGAACGGAAAACAUUUAGAAGAGGCUUGAAGCUUCUGGCUUGGAACGAUAUCGAAUUAACACCGCGGGGCAAUCAACGUCUUAGAUACGAUGUGAUAAUGGACGAGUGCAAGUUUCACAAAGACCACUGGAGCAAAACUGUCGUCUCAUACGAGACGGACAAACCAGUAAGACUUCCCAUCUUAGAUGUGGCUUUACGAGAUAUUGGGAAACCUGAACAGAGUUUUUCUAUUGAAAUAAGCGCAGCUUGUUAUCAAUAAUGUAAAUUAAUCGCGUUACUUAAUCGAUAGUAGUCUAUUUUAUGUAAAAAAAUGCAAAUUUUUUAUCUUUGAUCGUUUUAACGAUAAUCUUCAAUUGAUGUUCGGUUCAAAAAUUGAUGAAAAUGAUUUAGUUGCUUUGAUUGUUUAAUGCAAAACUAUGUGUUUAUUAAUAAAAUGAAUGAAUUUCAUUGAAAAAUCAAACUAAACUUUUUAACAAGCCCAAUUAUAAUCGAUAUUCUAACUUAUGCUACAUACGAUUAGAAAAGUUAGUAGCUAGAUAUAUAUUUGCAAAUUUGAUAUCGGCUGAAUAUUGCAUUUGUGAAUAAUACGAGAAAAUAAAGUAAUAAUUAGAUAAUUUAAUUUCUUUACGACAUAUUUUUUCAGUUAACAGCAAUGUGAUCAAAAAUAUACAUAAAUAAGAGUAUUGAUUUCGGC